AUGAGUUCCAGUCAUGUUAUCCUGAUCAGUGGGGGGAACGGAUUCAUUGGAAGCCAUGUGGCAAAAUAUCUUCACGAAAACGAUCACAAGGUCAUAAUCGCAGACAUCCAUAAUGAUCCAACUUUUCGUCUGGUCGAAAAUGUCGAUGAAUUCUGCACGGAAUUCUGCAAAGUCGAUAUUAGAAAUGUCGCCGAAUGCCGGGAACUUGUUAAACGUGUCGCCCCCAAGUGGAUAUUUCACUUUGCCGCAAACAUGGGGGGAAUGGGCACGAUUCAUCCAUCAAAUAAUUUCAUAAUUUAUAAAGACAAUCAUAUAAUGACGCUAAACCUCUUGCAGGUUGCUUUAGAAACUGGUGUAGAAAGAUUUUUCUAUUCCUCGUCAGCCUGUGUCUACCCUUGUCGAAAACAACGCGACGUUAAUAACACGAAUUUUAAACUAAAGGAAUCCGAUGUCUGGAACCUAUCGGAGACAGUCGGUCCUGAUCCCCAAGACUUGUAUGGCGCAGAAAAAUUGAAUUCCGAGAUUGUGUUGAAAAGCAUUCCCCCAAAUUCCAUUAAAAUCAGAAUCGCCAGAUUUCAUAAUGUUUAUGGUGAAGGCGGCUGUUGGUACGGCGGUCGCGAGAAGGCACCGGCAGCCUUAUUGAGGAAGGCAAUAUGUGCAAAUAAAUACAUAGGUGAUAAUACAAUAGAAAUUUGGGGGACGGGUGAACAGAGACGAAGUUUUCUAUAUAUCGACGAUUGCGUCGACGCUGUCAUCAAAUUGAUGGAGAGCGACUGCAACGAAGUAGUAAACAUCGGUUCGGAAGAAUCUGUGAGCAUCGAAGAGUUGGCGUAUAUCGCGUUCGAAACCCUCGGUGUUCCAAAAGAGGAGGUCACCUUAAGGAGGGUAGAGGACAAACCCGUCGGAGUUCGAAAUAGGAAUUCUGAUGACACAUUUAUCAAAGAAAGACUCGGAUGGAGUCCGACACACAACAUAAACGAUGGAAUGAAAAAAACCUCGGACUGGAUUAAACAUCAAAUCUAUAAACGAUCUACUCAGUAUCGGAAUAACCCAUCGGCCUGGAAAAGCAUGGUCGAAUCAUAUCUUUCAAGCGAAAUAAAGUAUCUCGCUCGAGAUAACGAAUUCACAGAUACAAUAACCUUUGGCAUACUUCUUCCCAUCACUUCACGUGGAUUGCCCCGACCUGAAGAUUGUUUGGAUAACCUCGCGAGAUUUUCGGAAUCUCUUUACGACACAUCCGUUCAAGAUUUACUCGAAAGAAAUUAUCGAAUCAAAAUUUAUUUAGGAAUAGAUAAGGAUGACAAGUUAUUCCAUUCGCAAGAGGAUAACCCGGCACUGAACAUUCUUUGCAAAAAUCAAGACAAUUUAUGGACCGUGGACACAACAGAAUUUACCUACCCUCCAGGUUCAAUUUGUGCAAUCUGGAGAGAUUUGGCAAAAAAAGCAUGCAAAGAAUGUGAUUACACGGUUCUUUUGGGUGACGAUGUGAUCAUCGAAACCCGAGGUUGGAUGAAAAAAAUACAUGACGCUUUUGUCGUCAUCUCUAAUGAAAAGAAAGUUCCUCGCGGAUUUGGGUGUGUCUCCUUUUUUGAUACUUCAUUCCCCGGAUUUCCAGCUUUUCCCGUGAUUGGGCGUCUUCAUUUCGAAAUUUUCGGAGAAAUUUUUCCUAUGAAAUUCCAUAAUCAAGAUGGAGACCCGUUCCUGUUUCAAAUUUAUCGGCGAUGGGGAUGCUCGGUAAUGCUACAAGACGUUAAACUUCGAAAUACAAUUGGCGGCAGCCAACUUACAAGAUACGAAAAGAAAUAUUGCCAAGGUUGGGGUUUCGAGAUUUUAGACGAAGCGGUGAAAAAAGUAGACAGCUGGUUAAACAACAAUUGUCCUGACUCACCAUCCAUGCUGUUAACACUCGAUAUUAUUAUACCAAGUUAUCGCGUAGAUCUCAAUUAUCUAGGACCAAUAAUUAAUCUGGAGAGACCUUCGACGAUUUCAACUAUGGUCAUCAUCAUAAUAGAUAACCCCGACUCACAAUAUUCUGACAUCCUAAAGAAAUUUUAUGAGAAAGAUCCGUUCAUAAGGAUACGAGAGAAUGAAACAAAUCUAGGAGCGAGUGAGACUCGAAAUAGGGGCUUGAGGGAGUCAAGCGCGGACUACGUCCUUUUCUUGGACGAUGAUGUGACCCCAGACCCUGAUAUCCUGUUCGAAUGCGAAAAGGUCAUCAGAGAACAUCCGAACGCUUGCGGUUUCAUAGGAAACUCCAAGUUUCCCGAUGCAAGUCAUGAAAUUUACACCUGCGCCAUAGUUAUGUCGGGAGUCACAUAUUUUUGGGACGCAGCCGAAAAAUUUGAAGAAGAUUUACCAUGGGGUGUCACCGCGAACCUGCUCGUUCGACGAUACAAUGACGGAAUUCUUUUCGAUCCGAUUUUCCCUAAAACUGGAGGUGGUGAAGACAUCGAUUUCUGCUUACGAAAACGAGAAUUUUUUGUUAAUCAAUAUCCCGGGGGUGAAGGAUUCCGAUGUGCACCAAAAGUGAGGGUCGUUCACCCAUGGUGGAACCACGGUAAAAGAAGUUAUUGGAGGUUCUACGGUUGGGCCAAGGGUGAUGGCGCGUUAAUAAAAUUAUAUCCCAAAUUAACAUUUCGGGAUGCCGCCCCGAAUAGUGCAGAAUUGUUGGGCGCGAUGAUUUUACUCUUUGCCUGCACCAUUUCAAUCUCGGCAGUUUAUUACGAUACAACAUUAUCCUUCAGUUUGCCCCUUCUAAUUCUGAUAUCGAUACCUACGAUUAUCGCUGCGAACGUAGUCGUCGAUAUCCACCUUCACAUGUAUGAAAAUCCCGACGAGUGCGUGCCAAACGUACGCGGAUAUCGUAGGAUCCUAGCGUCGAUCGAAUCUUCGUUGAUUAGAAUGGUCAGUGAAGGGGGUAGAUUAAUGGGUCUAAUAGAAAGGGGAGAGCUGAGAAGCAUUGGAAGAAGGUUUGAUUGGUUCGUCAGGAGAAGCGGAGAUGGUCCGAUGCUAAACGAGAGGAGAAACACUCGAAAAAGGUUCUUGACCUGGAUGACAUUGGUUAUCCUCGAAGCGACGAUCUUCGGAUACAUAAUCGACCUCGAAUAUCCAUUCUUUUUCUUUCCGCAGAAUUUAUGA